CAACGAGCAUUGGGGGAAUUCAUCAAAUCGCGGAGAUGAAAUAGAAACCUCCACGUAGGAACCGAACUCCUCAAUCCGAUGCUUGACCAGUUAAAAAAAAAACAAAAAGGGAUCAUGAAUUAACCAUCCAUCUCAUACAUCCCUAAACGAGCCCACCUUCUCCCCGCCUUCAAGCCUAGUCCCUCCUCUCGAUCAAUCCCACCACCAACACCUUCACCACAAGCAAAAGGGCGACUGACCGCCAAUUGUCCGGCGCAGACCGUACACACAUAGAAAAUGACCAACUUCCGCUCCCUCCUCUCCUCCUCCCCUCUCUCUCCUCUCAUCUCCCUCCGAACACUCACCACCCCAUUCACGCGCAAAAUACGCUGCACCAUGUCUUCCCGUUCCAUCUGGUCCUUAUCCGGCAGCAGCGGCAGACCCUCCACAAUCGCUAGCCAAAUGCCAUGGAGCCGUAUCAGCCUAUUUGCAAAACUGGGCGCCGCCGUUUCGAGUAACGCGGUGAAGAGUGUUGCUAAAAAUGUUGGGAAUGCGAAUGGUGUGGGACAGGUUCGGGGCAUGAAGACGAGAUCGUCUGUGAAGAGGCUUUGUGAUGGAUGCAAGCCUGUCAGAAGAAAGAAUCGGGUUUAUAUUAUUUGUUCUAAGAAUCCCAAACAUAAACAGCGGCAGGGGAAAUAGUCGUACUGGUUAGGUUAUGGCAUACCCGUGGGGAUAUUUUAACUUGCGUACGCCGGUAUUGGGGCUUAUAAAGAAGAGUCUUUCGGGUCAUCCUUUAUCCCUUUCCCCAGCAGCCGCGAAAUCCUGACCAGUGUUUUU